AUGGCCCAAGAAUUCGCCAUACCCAAAGGCUCAACCGUGGUUGUCACAGGUGCCAAUGGCUAUAUUGCAUCUCACAUUGCCGAUAUUCUGCUCGGACUUGGAUAUCUAGUCCGCGGCACUGUCCGUUCGGAAAAGCCAUGGUUGAACCAACUAUUUGAAGAGAAAUACGGCAAAGGGAAAUUCGAAAGCGUGGUUUUGCCCGACCUCGCUGCCGAAGGAGUUUAUAAGGAUGUUGUCAAGGGUGCUGCCGGUUUUCUGCAUGUGGCAUCGGAUGUUAGCUUCAGCUCAGACCCAAACCAAGUCAUUCCAGGCGUUAUUAAGCUCAAUGAGAACGCUCUAUCCGCAGCAGCUCAAGAGGCGUCUAUCAAACGGUUUGUACUCACGUCCUCGUCGAGUGCAGUUCUAUGGCCGACCGCAGAUAACGAGGGUCUUAUUGUAGACGAGAGUACGUCAAAAUCUCCUCGCUCCCCCAUGCAGCUAAGUUCUGAGACAGAAGAAAUUGACCUUUUUGCAGAUACCUGGAACGAGGCCACGGUUAAAGCAGCCUGGGACUCAAACACGCCAGCAGAACUGAAACCACCGAGUGUCUAUGGCGCUUCCAAGACAGAGGGCGAGAGAGCAGCCUGGAAAUGGAUCAAGGAAAACAAGCCAGGCUUUGUUUUCAAUGCUAUCCUACCCAAUUUCAACACGGGCCCGUCUUUGCAUCCGGAAAUCAACGGCUCAACAAUGGGCGGUGUACGUAGCCUGUUACAAGGUAAAGAAGGGUUUAUGAGGAUGCUUCCUGCUCAGCACUUCAUUGACGUUCGCGACACUGCCCGUCUCCACGUUGCCGCACUUCUCGAUACGUCCAUUAAGGAUGAGCGCAUCUUUGGCUUUGUACACGAAUUCAACUGGACCGAUAUCGUCUUCGUGCUGAGGGGACUUCGUCCCGAUAACAAGGCCAUCCCCGACCCCCCUGCCAACGAAAACCGGGAUAGGAGUGUGGUCAAGCCCAAGAUCCGUGCGGAGCAAAUCCUGAACUCGUUCUGGGGCAGGUCAUGGACUGGGUUUAAUGAUAGUGUGGCGGCUGGGAUUGAAGGCUACUAG